AUGUUAGACAUCCGGAAAGAACUCAGAACAGUCCAUCGGGACAGACGCAAGAAUAUAGGAAAACUUGUUGAUGGUAAAUGGGUUUGGGGUAAGUGGCAUAAACUUUCAGCACGCACGGGAUUCACUUCUAGCUCCUCUAUCAAAUAUCAACAAAGUAACGCACCAUCCUCCCCCACACAAAAUUCAGUUAUUUCUAAUGAACUUACAACUGAGCUCACAACCAACCUCGAGAAUAUUGUGAUUUCUGGUCAGCAGCAAGACAGUAUUCCCCUUGAUUUAUCAAUCUUAAUCAUGGGUAAAAAACGUCAUCAACGUGGAAAUCGAAGCAUCUCAAGUGGAGGUCCUUCAUCAACAGGAACACCGCGACCAAAUCCUCCACCGAGCUUCCUCAAUUCUAUUGAUACACUUGUCGCAACACCAAGUUUCCUUGAUUCUGUCCCAUCACCUUUUCAAGCUGCUGUUACUUCUCCUCCUGUACAAGCUCUCAGGGAUGUCAACGUUCUUGAUUUUCCUACUACUGAACGCGUUGAAGAUAGCCCAUUUAUGUAUUCACCAAAACUAUCAUCAGAUGGAGAGGGAAUGGUUGAGAAGCCUAAGCCAAGCAGCAUUGUUGAUAAACCAGCUGGAGACAAGUCAUCCAGUCUCGUAGUUGACAAGGAAGCUGAUGAAGCAAGAACUCUCCAGAAUAUUAGGUAUUCGGAGUGGAAUAUGGAACCUGAGCCUCAACUCUCUGCCCAAGAAACCCGAACUUUUACCAAAAACGUUCAGCCUCGUCCUAAAGAAGCUCAAUAUUACCUCAAAGGUCGUCUUGGCAAAGGUGCACUUUGUAUUAACACUAACUUCCCACCAGAUAAAAAAGUCCCUGGAGCAACCACACGAAAAAAUAAUAUCGAGUAUUCUCAUUCGAGCCAAGUCAAAAAAGACACUUCAGCCAUUACAAAGCCCACCUCGAAUGUCAAUUCACAUUCCGGACAACCACAAAAGCUACAGUCUUUACCUUUCAAGUCAAAUAAUCAAAUGCCAGAAAGGUCUCGUCGUCAAAAAUACGAGACAAUCAAGGUUGAUACAUUGCCAAAGGAGCUUCAAGAACAUGGUGCUCCAGUCCUCCACUUAAGUACCCCACCUGCCAUAAAGGCCUACAGAGAAAGAUAUUUACCUUCAAUUCAAACUGGUUCUCCACCCUCUAAUAAAUUGAAGACAACUGGUGGAUCAGCAUUGGAAUUGUCAGCGCCAAAAAUGGGAACUGCUCUAUUGACUUUAUCGCCAAAGAGAUUAUUCUCAGCACAACCCACUGACCCGGUACCAGCAGAAGCAAAUAAUGGACUUAUGCUCCGAACAAACCAUCCAUCCGUUACCGACCCUGGAAAAUAUGGAUCAUUCCAGACACCAGGUGCCGUGCCAUACAACUUGACCCCUUCUCCUGCUGGUAGCGUGCAAGAAAAAGAUUACUACAAGCCUUAUCAUGGUCGUUCACCAUCCCGCUUCGACAGCGGUGUUAAUAUCGCUGAUUCUCCUCACAUUUCGGUAAAUAAGGCAGCUCCAACUUCAAUAACUAAAAGCAUUUCUCCAGUAUCUAGAGCUUACAGUGUUGAUACGGCAACUCUAGCCGACGAAGAAAUGAAAAACACAGGCAACCAGGCACACAACUCAACCAUCAACAACCACGCGACUUCUGCAAUCCUCGGAGCUCGAAAUCCCGACACGCACGCUGCAGCUAACGGGGGGAUGAGGGAAAUAGUUGAUUUGACUGAGGAGUCACCCGUGAUAAAUAGUGGAGCUUCUCCAGCCUUAAGCAGUCCCGAUGCACAAAGCCAGACCGACGAAGGCAUGCCGGAUGUACUUGAGGUGAAAGAACAGAUCAGGAACUCAAUUAACUCAAUUGGAAAAACCUCGGAUAUGGUAACCUAUACGAAUUCGCUAAUCCCCAGAGCUCGCGGCUCCAAUUCUCAUGUUAGAAUUCCAUCUUCCAAUUUCUGCGAGGGCCAUCUCCCGUCGCAGAUCGGCUCAGUUCCAGAGCGGGCGCGAGAUUUAACAUAUUCCUCAGACUCAGACUCAGAACCAGAGCCAGAGCCAGGAUCUGAGGCUGAGGGUGAGCCUGAAGCUGGAGUUUUGCUGGAUGGAAGCAGGGUCGAACAGCGGCAAAUAAUAGAUUUGACGUUGUCUCCAACGCCCAUGUCGAAGCUCGACGGUUCGCCAGAGUAUGACCACCCGGUCUGUCUUGAGCAAAUUGUCGAUGAGGACACUGGCGCCAAUCUUGCUGGAAGAGACGGAUUCAUCGCACAGGGCCAUCAUUUCCACAAUCGUGAUGGACGCGCCCCCUCUCCAGAACAUUUAGACUCCAUGUCAAGCGGAAGAAUCCCUGCGCAAAAUAUGUGCGACUCAUCUGAGGAGAUCAGUUCUCCGACCGAGAACCAAUCCGGCGACUCUCUAGAUCAAUUUGAAGUAGCUACACCACUAGAGCAAAACAGAUCGAAUGCCAGAUCUCCACACGGCAAAUCUCUAGAAGAUAACGAUGCUCAUGAUGAGAGAAGCCCUGUACCAUCGAAACCAUCUGCUGAGGGCGCUACAGUCAAUGAUAUGAUCGUAUCUAUCGAGUCUGACACAUCUUUGGAGGUCGAAGCAUCUGCCAAAGGAGACGCGAUGGAAGUUGAUGGAUCUGCUGAGGCUGGCCCCUCCUUCGAGAUCGCCGCAGCUGCUGAAGGUGAUGCUAUGGAUCUCGACGAACAACUCAGCUCUGAUCUCUCCGAUGUCCCUAGCGAUACUGAGUUGGGCCCUUUCAAGGAAGAAAGUGACAGAUUCAUGAGUGGAAAAGAGGUACAACAGGCAGUACUUGACGCCCUAACGGUUUCUGUUUUCCCAAAAUCACCACCGUCAAGCAUGGUCGAUGAUAAGAAAGCUUUUGAGUUGGCAAAGGGUGGAGCAUAUUUUACUCUGUCAUACGACCUCUUUAGUGCCGUUCCCAAGGAAGUCUACGACCAGAUUUGGAAGGAUGAACACGUCCGUCCAAAGAUUAGCUUGUCGGUUAACCCUCCUAGAUGGAUUCGUCCUCUUGAUCCUACGAUCAAACACCCAGCCAAGGCGGAUCCUAGCUCUACUGAGAUAAUGAAGGUUGAUCGAUAUUUUGCAAUCAGUAAUAUCAAGAAGCGAGCUAUCCGUAAUAAUACAAAUCCAUACGCUCGUUUGUUCACUGCCAAGAACCCAGCCGGCAUCCUUUUCUAUGGAACUGAAAAAUACCUUGAAGCUAUGAAAGUCGCACUUGCGGAUGCUUAUCAGGCCAACGAGUGUGUGAUGAUGAAAGGCCGAAGAUGGAAGCAUUUGAUCGGGAUGCACAAACGUGCUUUGGGUGAGGAAUAUAGUAAUUGUCUUGAUGGGUUGAGGAAGUUCAAUACUGUUGUUAGGAGAAGAGAUUGGAAUGUUGAAGGUGCGCCGGUGGCUAAGGUAUCCUCUCCUAUGGUUGAUACAAAGAUCCCUGCCAAGGUUGCGUCCAAAGAAGUAUCGUGUAAAUCGAAGGAGAAGGAGAUUGCUGUUGAAGAUGACGUCAAAGAGGAGUCUGGUGGUUUGAGCGAUGGCGAUCCACCCUACUACGAGGCCUCAUCCAAGUCCAAGGGGAGGGAGGUUGCUGUUGAGGAUGACGCUGUAGAGAAAUCCGACGAUUUAAGCGACGGUGACCCACCAGAUUACUCCGAGGAAAAGGAUGACGAGGACGAUGAAGACUACGUUGAGAGUCGUUCCCAUCAUCGCCGGCGUGGUCCCAAAUUCUUCGUCCAACCACCCACUCCUCGUAAGAAGCGUACCUCUGCAUUUAUCGCCCGUUCAACUUCUCGUCACUUUUCAUCUGACGAUGAGAUGGGAGUCAAUGGAGGUAGAAGUGCAACCGACACUAACGCAAUAGAAUCUGGUGAUGAAUUACCUAGAGGUCGUUCACUUUACCGAGCUGGUUCCGUUCCAGCACUAGGUCCUAUUAAGAGUAUCCCAAAGGGAGCUAAGCGACUCAUGGUUGAAGUCGAUAAGAGUUCAAGCCCCAAUACGCCUAAGGAUUAUUUCGAGACACCUUGA